AAGAACUGCGUGAACGGCUUGCUGUAACUCGAUGCACCUUGGAACCUCAUUCUACUAAUUCUUUAGUUUCUUCACCUUGAUUUGAACGCCCUGACACAAAGUUCAACAUGCAGCAUCCAGAGGAUAGUAUGACAACGCCACUGACAUCUACCUCUCAGUUCAUUCAAGCAGAUGACGAGGAGGAUUUUGACGAAGAGGCUAUCCCUGGUUUCUCGCACCCUUCAAUGCAGACGACACCAUUGUCUGCUACUGCGGCAGACAAAGGCAAAGGGCGCGCCGCAGAACAGCUUGCUACCCCUUCCGGUUCCGAUUACCCUCGUACACCAGUAUCAGGAAAUAUUGGUAGUGGUCCAAAUGGCGUGCCGCCGUCAUCAAGAAGAACAGUAGGUGGGGUACAGGUUGAGACGAGGUAUACAGGUGUUGAUACCCUAGACGAACCAAUCACUACAACCAUUGCUCGCGACCUCCUCUCAAUCUACACGAAACUGGUACAAGUGCUAUAUCCUCCUCGCUCAGGAAGCAGUCGAGAACUUCUUCGAGAUUGGGAUCUCUGGGGUCCACUUGUGCUUUGUCUGCUAUUGGGAAUCCUCCUUAGCAUCAAUGCACCUCCUUCUCAGUCGCUUGGUGUGUUCACUAGUGUGGUUGUCAUCAUCUCGCUAGGGUCACUGGUUGUCACUGUUCAGGCGAAGCUUCUUGGUGGACGAGUGUCGUUCUUCCAAGGCCUCUGUGUUCUAGGAUACUGUGUCGCGCCACUAAAUAUUGCAGCUUUAGUCUCAACCUUUGUGCAUUUGAUCUACGUGAGAGCACCGGUAGCUUUGGCAGCCUGGGCUUGGUGCGUCUGGGCCUCUGUGAACUUCCUUGAUGGUACGAAGAUCGAGCAACAACGCAUAUUACUUGCAGUAUACCCUCUGUUUCUCUUCUACUUUGUUCUGGCUUGGAUGAUUAUCAUACAGUAGUCGCUGUAGCCGUAUCGUUCUUGGGAUCUUUGAAUCUUAUAUUCCUUUUGAAUCCUUUAUCUCAGUUACUUGAGUAUUUCACGACUUACUUACCUCAUGCUUCAACUUCACAAAUGAAUAAAAUGUUUAAGAUAGAACGCGUUUCCUUUCAUUCCCC